UUCCAACUCCUAAGCCGGUUCGAGUUCGACGCCACCGCCCAUCGCUUUAACCCCGACCGCACCGAGUCGCCAAGGCAGCAGCCCGCAAAGACGCACCCGACGGACAGCCGCCUCCAGGUCCAGCUAGGGUUUCCGCCUCCUCUCCCCGCACGCGAAUCAGAUCGCAGCGUUGAUGGCGACGGCACCGGCGCCGGCGGACGCGAAGGCGGAGGCCGCCAAGAUGGACCUCCUCGAGGACGACGACGAGUUCGAGGAGUUCGAGAUCGACCAAGAAUGGGACGACAAGGAAGAAGGCAAUGAAGCCGUCCAACAGUGGGAGGACGACUGGGAUGACGAUGAUGUUAACGAUGAUUUCUCGCUGCAGCUGAGGAAAGAACUGGAGGGCGCCAGCGCCCAGAAGAGCUGAAUUAUCUCUAGUAUAAAUGUUACUCUUGUGUGGCCGUUACUUUCUGCGCCAUAAUGUGCUUCGGACAGUUCCUGGGAGUAACCUAAUUUGCUUAAUAGUGCUACGAGAAAGUUUAUGCCCGGGCUGUAUUUUCCAUAUUACCGUUGAAUUUCUAUAUGAAUGAUGGCACAAUAAAUUUUAUGGACACGUAUGGACAGGUCUGCCUUCCUUGGCUCA